AUGGCCGUAAAAGAGGACGACUUGACAUUAAAAGUCUGUGUGAUGGGUGAUGAGAAAACAGGAAAAACAUCGUUUGUCAGACGUAUGCUGGACGACACGUUUUCGGAAGAACCCCAACCAUACGACAACCCGGCUGUCACUAAAGAAAUUACAUAUGAAGGAAACAAGAUUAUGUUGACUGUGAUGGACCAACAAGGCGAUGAUUCCGGCAUGACGGCUACUUUUUUCAACAACGCAAAUAUGGUUGCCGCUGUGUGUAGUUAUAAAAGCAAGGACUCCCUCAAUAACUGCAAAAACUGGUUAUCUUAUGGUGACAGGUACAUCGGUGGUGAUUACUUGAAAUCUCUUAUUGUGACAUUUUCCGAUGAAGAGACAAAAGAAUUUACUAAGGAAGAGGCCCAAACUGUGGCUACCAACGUAAAUGCUCAACUCUUUGAGAUCUCAAGCAAAACGGGUGACAACACCAAGGAGACAUACAACGAAAUUAUGAAACUCCUUAACGCAAAAUUCAUUGCCGUAACAGCCGCCAACCAGAAAGGUGGUAAGAAGGGCAAAGAGAAAAAGGAUGCCAAAGACAAAAAAGAUGGAAAAAGCGGGAAAUGUUUACUCCUUUAA